AUGCGCGCCGAGUACACAAAAUGGUCUUUCAAACUGCUGAGCACUUUCGGGGUUUUUCUGCAAUUGAUCAUUCUCGAUAUACCCAGAGAUCUCUAUCGAUGGUUGACGCUGAGCAAAAAGGAUGUGCAAGGACAAACCAUCGUGAUCACCGGUGGCGGUAGCGGGCUGGGACAAAAAAUGUCGGAGAUCCUAGCAACAGAAUAUGGAGCGAAAAUCGCCGUCUUGGAUAUAAAUGAGAAAGGCGGUUUGGAUACAGUCUCCAAAAUCGAGGCCAAAGGCGGGAAAGCAAAAUUCUGGAGAGUGGACAUCUCGGAUGCUGAACAGAUGAACAUGGUCGGCAAAGGGAUUGAGGCUUUUUGGGUGAGCCGAAUCGACAUCGUCAUCUGCAACGCGGCCGUUCUCUACUUCUCGUUCUUUAUGGAGCUGAAAAAAGAGCAACUUCAGCGAGCAAUUGAUGUGAAUAUUGUCGGAACGGUCAAUACAAUUCGCGCAUUCCUCGGUCGAAUGGAGCGUGAGAAUUACGGGCAAAUCGUUUGCAUCUCGUCGAUUGCUGGAUGGUCCGGUGACACUUACGGAUUGGCAUAUUGUCCGACAAAAUUCGCAGUCCGCGGCGUGAUGGAGUGUCUCCAGAUGGAGUUGCGGGAUCGCGGAUUAGAGGGAAUCAAAUGCACGACGAUUUGUCCCUAUUUUGCUCGAACACCGAUGGUUCUUUCGCAAGGAAUGCGGCCCACUUCGACCUGGAUCCCAUUCAUGUCGGUCGAGUCGUGCUCCCGGCGCAUUAUCGACGCGAUCCUCAAGGAGAAAGUGCUCUCAUUUAUGCCCAACUACAUCCACCUCAUUCCAUUGGUGUUAAGACUCUUCGGCAUUUCGUCGAAUCGAUCCCUCCGCGACUACCUCAAUUGCCGAUACGAGCCGUCGCCUGAUAACGCGCUAAACAAGAGCCACCGUCGAAUCCUGCAACCAAUGCCCGAUCACUUUGAGACGCCGUCGAUCUUUUGGUGGCUGUUGAUCCCGUCAGCGUUGACGAUCAACUUCUUGGCCUUCUUCUCUCCACUCGUCCUCAACCUCCCCUAUCUCUCGUUCGCCUGUCAUCUAGGACAGGUUUAUCCAUCGCUUCUACUAGCGACAAAUGUUUUUGCUUUGAUCGCUCAUGUUGGAGAGGGGAUUUACGCGCUUUUGCUUUGCGAGGGGAUGCAUUUCACUUUCGCUUGCCGCUUCAAAUGGUUUCUUCAAACUUUUAUCCUCGGUUUCCCCUCAUUGCGAUUGUUGCGCAAAUACGUGAAAGAGAAACGACUGGAU